AUGGAUAUCGCCAAAGCGGGACAAUUGCCCUUAAUGGAACCCGUACUGCCAGAAGAGAUCGAGGAGAACGAUGAUGAAUGUAAUAAAUAUGGGGAAGCCUUUUAUCAAAGCGCCAACCUUAUUCCACACAGGAGUAUCCCUAAGGGAGAGAAUCUUUAUAAAUACAUUGAAUGUGAGAAAAUUCUUAACCAGUCUUCCAAUGUUGUUGAUCAGAGGGUUCAUGUGGGAAGAAACCAUUACAGAUGUAAUAAUCCUGGGAACAUGUUUAGUCAUUCAUCAAGACUAAGCACACAUAAGACAACUGGUACUGGAGAGGAAAGUUAUAUAGGUAACGAAUUUGGAAAAGCCUUUGACCACCAACAAAUACAUACAGGACAGAAACCUUACAAAUGUGAAGAAUGUGGCAAGACCUUUAAAUUCUGCUCAACCCUUACGCAACAUAAGUUAACUCAUAUUGGAGAGAAACCUUUCCAAUGUAAGGAAUGUGGCCAUGUCUUUAAACGGCUCUCAACCUUUACAGAACAUCACAGAAUUCAUAGUGGAGUGAAACCUUACCAAUGUAAUGAAUGUGGCAAAGCCUUUAACCGGCACUCAUCCCUUACAAGACAUCACAGAAUUCAUACUGGAGAGAAACAUUACAAAUGUAAAGAGUGUGGCAAGGCCUUUACCCACCUCUCAAGCCUUACCAACCAUCACAGAAUUCAUACUGGAGAGAAACUUUACCAAUGUAAUGAAUGUGGCAAGGCCUUUAGGUACUUCUCAACCUUUACACAACAUCGCGGAAUUCAUACUGGAGUGAAACCUUACAAAUGUAAAGAAUGUGGUAAAGCCUUUAACUGGCACUCAGCCCUUAAGACACAUCAAAGAAUUCAUAGUGGAGAGAAACCUUACCAAUGUAAAGAAUGUGGCAAGGCCUUUUCCCGCCAGGCACAUCUUAAUGUACAUCACAGAAUUCAUAGUGGACAGAAACCUUAUGAAUGUAAAGAAUGUGGCAAGGCUUUUAGCUACAUCUCAAACUAUACACAACAUCACAGAAUUCAUAUUGGAGUGAAACCUUACAAAUGUCAAGAAUGUGGCAAGGCCUUUUACCGCCAGGCAUAUCUUAAUGUACAUCACAGAAUGCAUAGCGGAGAGAAACCUCACAAAUGUCAAGAAUGUGGCAAGACCUUUAACCAGCAUUCAACCCUUAGAGAACAUCAAGGAAUUCAUACUGGACAGAAACCUUACCAAUGUAAAGAAUGCGGCAAAGCCUUUAACUGGCAAUCAGCCCUUAAAAGACAUCACAGAAUUCAUAGUGGAGAGAAACCUUACCAAUGUAAAGAAUGUGGCAAGACCUUUAGCCAGCACUCAUCCCUUAGAGAACAUCAAGGAAUUCAUACUGGACAGAAACCUUACCCAUGUACAGAAUGUGGCAAAGCCUUUAACUGGCCAUCAGCCCUUAAGAGACAUCACAGAAUUCAUAGAGGAGAGAAACCUUACCAAUGUAAAGAAUGUGGCAAGACCUUUAACCACCACUCAUCCCGUAGCAGACAUUACAAAACUCAUACUGGAGAGAAACCUUACCAAUAUGAACAAUGUGGGAAAACGUUUUAUCACUGUUCAACCUUGACUUAUUAA